AUGAGUCUGUUGCCAACUACUCCAAUUAAGUCUUUCAGCAAUAAUACACAACAAGAUCAAGUUACACCAAUAUCGUCAAGACAAUGGAAACAAUUUCAAGAGGAUAAGAGAAGAUCUCGAUCUUUAUCUCCAGUAAAAAUUAAUAGAAAUAAACACAAGAUUAAUGGUUCAUUAGAAUUUCACGAUGAGGAUGAUUUAAGAACAAUGUUUAAUUCUCCUAACUUAACACCAACUCAGUUAAAAAAUAUUUAUAAAAAUCCUUCAUAUUCAAGAUUACAUAUAGUUGCAAAUGGAAAUCCAAAUCACAAGAACAAUCCAACCCAAAACAAAUAUAUAAUACCUAUACCUUUGACUUUAAAACUUCCACCGAAAUUAAGUUCAUCACCAAAUAUAACCGAUGGUAAACCAAAGUCAUCAGCCUCAUCAACAAUAUCAUCACGAUCUUCAUCACCAAGUAGAGCUGGAUCACCUGAAAGGUCGCAUUUACCCAAACAAACAACAUUAAUAUAUACACCGCAAGGAUAUGAAAAAAUAGAUAUUUCACUGUCAUCAGAGGAUGAACAAAAUGGUACUUCUUUUGAUAUGUCAACGACUCCAUUAACAAGAGAGAUUUUAAAUUCAAAUCAAACAAUGAAAACAUCACCUUCACCGCCAUCAGUAACCACAAACAAAACAAAAUAUCUGAAAUUAGCAUAUAAAAAUAAAGAAUCAGAUGAAUUAAGUAUGAUUGAAGAAAUGUCAAAUUAUAGUUCUAGAAGUUCAAGCAUUAAUGAUGGAAUAAAAUCAAAAACCAACCAAGAAGUCACUCAUAAACCAAGUAAAAAACUUCCUGCAUUACCAACUACCUUUGAAGAUCCAAUUCUGUUUACACAAUCUGAGUCAUCGAAAUCAAAAUCAAAAAGAAAACCACCACCACUGAUGGAGACAAAUAAUGCAUCAAUUGAAACUAGUAAUGUUUCCAAACUUACACCAAAUAAAAUGAACGUAAUGCAAUCAAGUUCAUAUCAAAUUCCUGUUUCAAGAUUAGUUACUCAACCUCCCAUAAUAACAAAAAAUGUAUCUCAACAACCCAAAACUGACCUUCGAUCACGAUGUUUUAGUGAUGAAUCUCAAACCACAUCAGUAAGUUCUUUCGGCUCACCUGGAGACUUUGCUUCCUUCCAAAGAUUACAUAGAAAAACACCACCAAUUCCUAGCUAUGCCAAUGCGAAUAACAACUCACCAAAAGUCAAGAACCCAGUUACUACUUUAUCUACAUUAAAAGAGUCUGAAUCAAGAUCCAGUUCAAAAAAUCCAAGUAGGGUGCCAUCAGAUUCAAGUACAUUUUCAUCCAAUUCAAGUGUAAAUAGUUGGAAUUCUUUACAAAAAUCUAUUGAUAUAACAUUGAGUCGAGAACCUACAAACAAAUCUUUCAAUUCAAAUAAAUUAAUAUUAAAUAACAAAGUAGAAGAAGGAGAAACCGAAGUUAAUGAUCAAGAUCAUUGGUCCGAUACCGAAGCGAGUGAUGCGGAAGAUUCUGAGAAGGAAACAGCCCCAUUAAAAAUAUCAAGACUGAGUACAACUGUAUUGUCUGACGAAACUAAAAAAAUUGCAACUUCGAUUAAACCUACCAGUUCACCUCAAUUAGAGAAUAAUAAUGAAUUUGACAUUGGUUACAAUUUUCCUAAUAACCUUGAGAAUAUAACAAACAACAAACAGCUAAAAUCAAAACAUAUUGAAGAAGAAGAUUCAAAAUCAACAAAAUCAAGAUACAGUUUUUAUUCAUCAAAUGGACAAAUUGAUAUACCUGAUUUAUCAAACAAAAGAAUAAUGGAUCAAUAUUCUAUCAAAUCUCCAUCUUCGAAAGCACCAUCAAGUUAUAAUGAAACACUUUUCUCGGAUAGAAAUACAAACUCAUCAUCAUCUGAAUAUAGCAGUAGUAGUAGUUCACAUAAUAAUCAAAACAAUAACAAGAUAGGUAUAAGGAUUCCAAGUAAAAAUGCUUUAACUCAUCUAGAAGAACAAUUGAAGCUACACUCAAUUGAGGGUGAAGAUUCUGAAUAUGAAUUUGAAAACAAGAAGAAUUCAUUGUAUGUCGACUCAAAGAUUUCAAAGACUUUACCAGAUUUACAAUGCAAUUUUAUUCAAAACCCACAAACACGAUCUCCAGCAAGGCAUAAACGAGGUAAAUCAAUGUACAAUAUAGACUUAAAUGAAUUCAACUUUAAUGAAAAUCAAUCAGUUGAUCAAGGUAUAAAAUCUCAUAACGACCAACUUAAAAUCAGUCACAGUAGAUCAAAAUCCAUUGACCCAUCAUUACCAUUGUCUUUUAAUAAUAGAUAUAAUAGUUCAGUAGAUACUUCAAAACAUCAUAGUAUUAACGAGCCACAAAAUCAAAAUCAUAGAAUCAAAGUCCCAAUAAACAUUUUAAAUUCAGCUUCAUCUUCCAUACAUAAAAAUAACUACAACGAAAAUGAUGCAGUAGCAGAAGAUAUGAAUAUUAAAAUAGCUGAACCUCCAAAACCAAUCAAUUAUAAAAUAGAUUUUAAAGAAAAUAAUAAUAAUGAUUUGAAAUUUGGUAAUUAUAAUACAACUCCAAAAUCAAUAUCAAAAUUGAAUAAAACCAAGCUAAGAGAUGAUGAUAAUGAAAGUAUAAUAGUUGAUUUAACAAAAGAUAAAUAUGAAGUUUUCACUAUUCAAAGAUCAAAUUCAAUAAUAUCUUAUAAAUCUACUACAGAAGUUAUAAAGGGAAAAGAAAUGGAAGUUAUAUUAGUUGAAGAAGAUGAUGAUGAAGAACAAGUAAAUGAAAAAGACGAUGAAUUAUUAAGUAUUUAUUCAAAAUAUAGAAAUAAUUCUUGGUUAUUUACUAAUGCAACAAAAUAA